CCCAAGUCGCUUUUAUGUGGCCGUGUACUGACGCAUCGGGUGAUUGUUGGUGCAGGCUCUUGUGUGCCCGAGCACAAUAUUUGUAGUUUCUGCAUGCCUUCUGGCUCUUGUUCGACCGUGAUGUGGAAUCCGAGUCUACCAAGAUCCGACACAAGUGAUAUCUGCUAUGGGUCAGUCCAAUAUCGACCAUACUCCGUGUGGACAUGUCAGGACAAACCUUGAAGCCGCGAUCUUCGUUCUCUGUUUGGACAUGUAUUUUAUCAUGCUUGGCCUUCCAGUCUUCUACGAUCUUCUUCAUAUCCUCCUUGCUCAAAUCAAAUCCCGGUUCGCUUUCGGUCUUCGUCUCCUUCCCCUCACUUUGUGUAUCCUCCCUCACAUUUCCUUCGAUCCCCACCCAGCCAUACUUGGACACUUCAGCACUCAUCGUUAG